GGACAAAAAGAAACCAGCUGCGUGUGGUGUAGCAUUUCAAAAUGAGGUUUGUGUUUCGCUACAGUCUGCAGCAGCGCCACCAUGUUGCCAUGGAGCCACAUGACACAGGAGGGAGGGUUUCAGUCUGGCCACAAAAGAAGAGGAGCAAAGAGGGGAAUGCGUGCAGGGAUGCAAACAAAGUUUGAAGAUUGGAUUUGCUGCAAGUUCAAACAUCAGGUGAAGCCCACACAGUAUACGAAGCAUUCAGACGAGCUUUACAAUGAAUGUGACGGACAUCAAUCAUGAAGGCAACAUGUCUGUCAAUGGGAACAUGAGCAUCUUGAACAUAUCUCCACCUCUCAACAAUGCCCUCAACACCUUCUCCAUCAUCAUCCUCUUCAUCACCAUGAUAUCCCUCGGGUGCACCAUGGAGAUUUCCAAAAUCAAGAGUCAUCUCCUCAAGCCUAAGGGAGUGGCCAUCGCCAUGGUGACCCAAUUCGGCAUCAUGCCCUUGACUGCGUUCACACUGGCCAAAUUGCUGAAGAUGAAUUCUGUGAAAGCGGUGACCGUGCUCAUAUGUGGCUGCUGCCCUGGAGGAAACCUAUCCAACAUCUUCACUUUAGCCCUAAAGGGUGAUAUGAAUCUCAGUAUUGUGAUGACCACAUGCUCCUGCAUUGCAGCUCUGGGUCUGAUGCCCUUGCUGCUUUUGAUUUACUGCCAAGGCUUCAACGGCUUGGAGAACGCAGUGCCCUACUUGGGCAUCCUGAGCGCUCUCACUUUCACCUUACUGCCUUGCGGUAUGGGCAUCAUGCUCAAUCACUACAAACCCAAAUAUACACCAGUUGUCCUGAAAUCUGGCCUGGGCAUUUUGAUUAUCUCCAGCAUCAUUGUGUUCACUUUAUCUGGUGUGGCGGUCAAAGACAUGUUGUGGAUGAUCCUGACUGCCGACAUUAUUUCCGUGGCGGCUCUGAUGCCCCUCAUAGGCUUCAUUUUGGGAUAUGUCAUAUCCGUCAUAUGCAGACUAAGCUCAAAAUGCUGCAGGACCGUCUCCGUGGAAACAGGCUGUCAGAACAUCCAGCUGUGUUUGGCUAUUUUGAAGGUGGGCUUUCCUCCGGAGGUCAUCGGGCCCAUGUUCCUCUUCCCUUUGCUUUACUACAUAUUCCAGUGUGGAGAGGCUCUUCUCCUGACUGUGUGCUUCAGAUGUUACCAGAUGGUCAAGUCACCAAGUGAGGAAAGAAGAAUAAAUACGAACGUCAACGUGAAACAAGAGGAGGUAAAACCGCCUGAGUGACUUCACUUUGGAUCACAACGAAGACCAAUGAAUAUGGAAAAUAUUUACCUCACUUUAUUUUUCCUCACAUUGUGAUGUUGGAACGGUGUUCCAAACUCCCUAGUUCUACACUUUUGCAAAGGCAGAAUUUUUAUAUUUUUAUUAGUUUGCUCGGGCUUGUACUUAUACAUUUAUUCAAUAAAAAAAAA